CUCUCUCUCUCUCUCCCCCCUCCCCCUCCCCCUCUUUCUUUAUUUAUGUCCUCUCACUCUCGCACCCGCACCCGAAACAUGGCGGAGGAGCAGAACGGCGGGCGUCGCGAGGAGGACGGUGAGCGGUUGUUCCCGCGCGCCGCUCUGAGCGCGCAGAAGCGGCAGUCCCGCGUGACGGUGAAGUACAACCGCAAGGAGCUGCAGAAGCGGCUGGACGUGGAGACCUGGAUCGAGGAGGCGCUGGAAGAGCUGUACGCGGGUUUGGAGGACGAAAUGCCAGACGAGAUUGAUAUUGAUGAACUGUUGGUACUCCAGAGCGAUGAAGAGAGAGUGCAAAAAAUACAGGAGUUGCUGCAGACCUGCACAAACAGCACACAGCAGGCAUUUAUCACUGAGUUACUCCAGAAGCUGCACGGCCUCCAAAAACAGGAGGAACUUCAGAACAAGGGCAUCGGCCACCCCUGUCUCCACAGCUACCCCCAUCACCAUGGCAACGUCCAUCACCACGGCAAUGCCCCUCACCACCAGCAGCAGCAGCAGCGGGCACACCAGACGCUCUAGCUGGGUCCCACAGUGCACUGUGCUGGCCGGUUGAAGGGGUGCAGGCUGAGCUCCCCUAAAACACAGACUCUGAAUGAACGCACACAUACACACACCUGUGACUUCACUUACUUUCACUAACAGCUUAAUCUGAAGACUUUAUACAAACACACCAGCUUUAGAGCAACACUGUUGACUCACCAGUAUGAAUUUCUAAUAUUCUUCUAAUAUAACAAAUGUUUGCCCUGUAAUAGUACUAUUUAUAGCUGAUCCUAGACACUCUGUACUUCUCCAUAAACACUUGAUUCAACUAAUCACAUUUCAUUGAGUGUCAGUGGGUGUGUAAAAACAGGAAUACACUAAAAUGUGCAGGCUAGGAUUAAAAAACAACGGCAGACAGUGAGAUUCAAUGUAACCAACCUCAAAAGCUUCCAAUAGAUUCGAAAGUACUGUGGAUUCUAUCCCCAGAUAUUGCAGUAUGUAAGGACCUGUAAACACACAGAAUCACUAACAGCUUUGCAUUAAACAGAACUGCAUUAGACAUAUAAUGCUGUGAUUGUGUACUAUUUCAGAAGCAUUUUAACAAAGGAAGAGCAAAAGUCAUAAGCCAUGAUCAUUUUCUCUGAACUCAGCUUUUGGCUGUUUUUAUUAGAAAUGCGUUACUUAUAUAUUUGUAAUGUAUAUGUUACUUUUGUAGAGUUUAUUGCCACUUAUUUAAAUGUACGUGCUGCUGCCUCAGUAACGCUAAAUGAUGGUGCAUGCAACAAAAAAAAAAAAAAAAAACUGUUCCCAUUAAGGUUGUGUACUGAGGAAUUGGAUAUGUGUCCAAUCUAGGACCACAUGCAGUAUCAUAUGGCUCUGAUCAGAUUUAAAAAGUUCAAACUGGGCACACAGCCCUGGAAAACAAAAUCUGAUUAUGUUUUUGCCAAUUUAGCCUGGUAAUAUGAGAAUAGCAUUGGAAAAAAAGUAAGCAUUCAUGGGUUAAUAUGCAUUCAGUGGGUUUUGUACCUAUGGCUAUAUUGAUUCUUCUUUCAAGAACUCAAGCAUUUUUCAGUGGUCGUAGAGGAGAAGAAUUCUUCAGCAAGAAAUCUGGUUCUUCUGGUUCCUAGAGAUUUGGUAAGCUAAAAACGAUUGUAUUUCCAUGAAGAACAUCAUCAUCAUGGUUACUCCAAGAACCUAGCUGCUCCUCCAAGAACUCAGAUGUUCUCCAGUGCUAUUAGACAUGCCUGAAAAAAGUGUUAAGAUUUGCUUCAUAGGCCACUAUAUUUUGAACAAACUUUAAGGACUGAAGAAUUUAUAUCACUGAAAUUAAAUUUAGCUCCUUUAGCAAAUUUAGCAAACAUGUUUGUCCUUAAAAAUAGUUUCUUAAAAUUCUUUUUAAGCAAUGUGUUUUUUCUACAGUUUUACAGUGAUAACAAGCAGCUGUAUGAGAUUUUCAGCACAUUUUCAGGGCCUUUAGACAUUUGUUCUAUUAGUUUUGUAAGUAGUUCAGACCACUAAAAUGAAUGUAAAACCAUCACUGUUAACCUAAGAUUGAAGUUUUUGUAUCACUAAGCCACCAGCCGUAGGUCAAUCCUAGCAUUAAUAUUAUAUUUAUGUAUUAUAAAGAACUAAUAAAGAUGUGAAUGAAGUGACUUUAAA